AUGGCGCAUACCGACGACCUAAAAAAUAAUGGUCGGGAUGCAACUACAGAUUUAGAUCGGGCGGCAUUCGAUGUCUACGAACAGACUGAGCCUUUGCAAGGCAAAAGCUCCGAUGGACAAACAAAAUCUAGCAGUGUGCAGGUUGAGGACCAACAUGAUUCCCGUUCGUCCAGUCGUUUUGCCAAAAUAUCCAGGAAGGUCGGCGCGAAAGCAAAAUCGAAAACCGAGCAAAUCUUUCCUUCAAGACGUGACAGUAAUAAUGUUCCCCAUCAUUCCCCUGCGCCCUUAUUAGCACCUCCCCCUGCAAGUUUGGUUGAGGAUGACCGUCUUUAUAAUCCAUUGCCCAAGCACGAAGGAUUCAAAGUAAAGGAAGUCGUCCAAAGCCCAGUCAGCACGUUCCAGUCUGCCAUGCAUGGCAAAGGUGGGGCCAAAUUCGCACAGGUCAUGGACAACCAAGCGAUAGCACAUGAAGCGAAUGUAGGGUUGGUACGUGCUUUUGACGACCUGGACGCCGCUGGGAAUGAAGAUGAGCAAAGAUCGUCGAAUGAAAAGAUCAAGACUCUGGUAAAGGAGAGACAGGAUACCUAUGUUCGAUGGACGAUGGAUAGACAUGUCAUGAAAGUUCGACAAGAUCCUCCACGUAUCCUCGAAUUGCCAAGGAAAGAAGACUACAAGCAGAAGAAUGAGAAUGGAGGGACGGCGAUGCGGUGGGGUGACUACGGAAGACAGAUGACUCGAUACUAUGCAGAGCAAUACUGCGAUCAGCAUAUCAAUGAAUCAUCUGAACUCCCGGCUGCAAAUGAAGAGGCAAUCACCACAAGCGUCGAACGACUGGUCAUGACAUCAAUGGCUGUUCAAACAGUCUUGAUGAAAGUUCGAUAUAUCUAUCGUUGGGAUGAUCCAUACAAGACAGCUGUAUACUGCAGCUCGUAUUUUCUCCUAUUAAUCUUCGGACAUCUUGGAGUUGGUAUUGUACGUAUGCAGUAUCCGUCACAAGACGACGGAUCUGUCAAAGUAUUGUACCAAAAUCUAACCAUUACACAGAUGGUCUGUGUGCUUUAUCUGGUCAUCGCACGAUGGUACCAUCCACCCACACCUCAAGAUCUUCGGGAAGACAUCAAACGUUCCGAGGAUAUCGAACAAACUGCGCAAAACAUGACUCAAUUGAUCGAGCAGCAUGGGUCGCGCGGCUGGCUUGAUGCUGCCAUCGAAAAAUUGGGUCCUGCAUCCAUGUUACAACUUGAGGAUAUGGCUGAUGCCCUUGAGAUCUUAAGGAAGUGGGCUUUUUGGAAGAUAAGUACGGACUCCGAAUGGGCAAUUGCCCGUAUUCAAGCAGAAGCCCAUUGGGUCAUUAAAGAAAUCCAUCAAGGUGAAAACAGCGAUAACAGCCGCAAAGAGAACAGUGUCGCAGAGACGAAGGAAGCUGACAUCAACAUUGGCAAGUAUCAUUGCACGACCAAAGAUGAAAAGGGCAACCUUCACCACGGCAACAUAUACGUAACAUCGAAAAGUGUCAGAUUCGAGACUGCCAUCCGUUCACAUCUGCUGUGGGAGCUCAACUUCAAAGACGUAUUUGUAAUUUCUAAAUCCAGGACAAGUGAGGGAUUGAGCUUCGAUACUAAAGAUGAAGAGCAGUACAGUGUUGACGCACUGAAAGGAAGAAACGAGCUGUUCACACAGAUCAUUGGAUAUACUGGUCUGAGCUGGCAAGUCAGUGGUUGA